AUGGCCAUAAAACAGAUCCACCUACAAGCAGCGUUUGGAAUUUUUGUGGCUGUAAUAUACCAUUUGGUGAAGAAAAACGUACGGGCUCCAUUCAUAGAUGAGAUAUUUCACUUGCGGCAGUGCAUAAAAUACUGCAAUAAUGACUUUUAUAACUGGGAUAACAAAAUCACCACUCCUCCAGGACUCUAUAUACUUGGCUAUUUGUACGGCAAAGCCUUGAAUAUUGUCGGAAACGCAGAUUACUGCUCAGAUUAUGAUGUACUAAGGUCAUUGAACCUAUUGGGUGGAACUAUUGUGAUGCCAUAUAUGUUGCAAUGGCUCAACAGCAAAAAUGGAUGGACCAUCAAUAUCGUAUCAUUGCCAUUGUUGUUCACGUAUUACUUUCUCUUCUACACAGAUGUGUGGUCCACGGUGCUUUUGGUCUCAGCUUUAGCCUUUGUUCAGCAACCCACGAUUUCCAAUAGUGUACUAGGAGGAUUACUAGCAUUCGCUAGUUUGUGGUUUCGACAAACAAACAUCGUUUGGAUCUUUUUCAUUACCGUGGUGUUGGUGGAAAGGAAGCUAGACAUCGGCUCCCAGUUCCAAAUGUCAGAUAUCCAGCUUUUUAUCAUGGGAUGUUUUAGGAAUUGGCACCUAAUUCUUCCCUUUGUAGCCAACGGCAUUUUCUUCAUUGCAUUUCUCGUUGUUAACGGCGGUAUCACUUUCGGCGACAAGGAGAACCACGAGAUGCAAUUGCAUCUAGUUCAGGUUUUUUAUUGCCUCACUUUCAUCACAAUUUUCACCUGGCCAAUUUGGCUCUCUCGCGGCCAACUCAAAAGAUACUUGCAGUUCUCUUAUUUGAACAAUUAUGGUUUCAAUCUGCUUUUAACAACUAUCUGCUUGUUUGCAAUCACGAAGAUAAUCGAAAAUUUCACCGUGGUGCACCCAUUUUUACUUGCUGACAAUCGUCACUAUACAUUCUACAUUUGGAGACGAAUUCUUCUGCACAAAAAUAGCAAGUACUUUAUGGCUCCUAUCUACCAUUUCGCAACAUGGACAGUGGCAGAUUCCUUGAGAUCCAAGAGAAACAACCCCUCGUUGGGCUGGACUGCGGUGGUGGCAUAUUUCGUAUCAAUAUGUGUAACGGUGAUACCGUCCCCUCUCUUUGAACCAAGGUAUUACAUCGUUCCGUUGGUAUUGUUUAAAAUCUAUUGCAGCCCUCAGAUGGACAAUUUAGUUUGGCACAAAGACGAAAACUUCUAUUACCGCCAGGUCCUUGAUUUUGUUUGGCUCAAUGGAGUAAACGUGCUCGCCAUGGGUGUAUUCUUUGGCUACGAAUUUUAUUGGCUCAGUGAGCCAACGAGUAUCCAAAGAAUAAUUUGGUGA